AUGAUCGAGGUAGAGCUUGGCGCAUCGAUACCGCCAGACACUGCACAUGCAGUGAGUGUGUCUUUGCCGACAUGGCAGUCCAAUGUGGGAUAUGAAGAGGGCCAGUCGUGGGUAGUCGACCGCAUGACGACCGGUUACCCCAGGUUCUUUAUCCACAAGACCAUCUCUGGCUUUGCCGAUGAAUUGGCCGCCCGCUUUGGUCAGCCAGGGCAGAAGGCCAUGCUGUUCCCCAACACGAAGGCGGCGCUGAGAUGCGUAGAUUACGUCAAGGAACGUGCCUCGUCGCAAUCGGCACUGGAUGGGCUCGACGCAGUACACCUAACCCUGGCCCCUGACGCCCCCAAGGUCGUUGCCGACCAGCUCAGGCCCAUCUCUCCUACCGUCUCGGCCGUGCUGCUGUCCCCCGAGGCAUUCCCGGUUGCAAAGGAGUACUGGCAGCACUCUGGCGACGGUGUCUCGAGCCGAAGGGCUGAGUUUUGCCAGAACCUCUUCUCGGCAAAACUGCUGGUCCCAGAAGGCUCGCCACCCGUUUCUCCCCAGCCCCCAGCCUUCAAGUCCGCCAAGGGACCGAGGCGGUACCGGCGGGAGACGCCAGCAAACGACACACCUGCACCCAGCGGGACGAAUGGGGCCUCGACACCUCCCAAAGCCGCCAAGACAGAAGAGCAGGAGUCGGAAGAGGAGACGGAGCGCUUCCUCGAGGAGCGUUUCGGGCGCAACCUCGACAUCUCCCUCCUCCCCCGCGCGCGAUCGGCCAUCAAGAGGCGCAUCGCCGGCGCCCUGUCUGCGGACCACGACAUCUCCAGCAGCCACACAUUCCCGGCCAUGGAGUCCAACACGCGCGGCGUCAACAACCUCAAGGAGGACGACGUGCUCAUCUACCCAUGCGGCAUGAACGCCAUCUUCCACGCCCAUCGGCUCCUCAGGUCUGCGCGCGGCCACGAUCUCAAGAGCAUCAACUUUGGCUUCCCCUACGUCGACACGCUCAAGAUCCUCCAAAAGUUCGGCCCAGGCUGCGUCUUCUACGGCCACGCCUCCGAGGCGGACCUGGACGACCUGGAACGGCGCCUCGAGGCCGGCGAGCGAUACCUGGCCCUCUUUUGCGAGUUCCCCGGCAACCCGCUGCUUACGUGUCCCAACCUGGCCCGGAUCCGCACCAUGGCCGACAAGCACGACUUUGCCGUCGUGGUCGACGAGACCAUCGGGACCUUUUCCAACAUCAACGUGCUGCAGUACGCCGACAUAGUGGUCAGCAGCCUGACCAAGAUCUUCUCGGGCGACUGCAAUGUCAUGGGCGGCAGCAGCAUCCUCAACCCCAACGGCCGGUACUACGGUGCCCUCAAGUCUGCGGCGGCCGCCGGAUACGAGGACACGUACUGGGCCGAGGACGUGCUCUUCAUGGAGCGCAACAGCCGCGACUUUGCGUCUCGCGUCGUCCGCAUCAACGUCAACGCCGAGGCCGUCUGCGACCUGCUGCACAACCACACUCUCGUCCGCCGGGUGCACUACCCCAGGGUCAACGCCGACCGCGCAAACUACGAGCAGUGCCGCCUGCCGUCGGGCGGCUACGGCGGCCUGCUCUCGGUCGUCUUCCGCGACAAGGAGGCCGCCGUGGCCUUUUACGACGCCAUCAAGACGGCAAAGGGCCCCAGCCUCGGUACGAACUUCACCCUGGUCUCGCCCUAUGUUCUCCUCGCACACUACAACGAGCUCGAAUGGGCCGCCAGCCUCGGUGUCGACCCUAACCUGCUGAGGAUUAGCAUCGGGCUGGGCGAGACGGAGGAGCUCGUCGACACGUUCAAGAGGGCGCUCGAGGCGGCCGAGGUCGCCGUAGCCUCUGCUGGGAAAGGAGACUCUUCUGCUGUUGCGUCUUAG